AUGUCCGAUCCCGCAGCCGCCGUCCGGGGGUUGCUGGCGGACAUCGAGCGGGCGGCGUCCGCUUUCGAGACGGUUUGCGGAGAAAUUCGCGGAGAAAUUGCGCAGCAAGCGGAGCAAACCGAUGCGCGCGUCCGCGAGGCCCAGCGGGACCGGGAUGCGGUUCGGGAGGCGGAGCAGGGAGCCAGGACCCGGGCGAAGCAGGCCGAGCAGGCGACCGCGAUCCUGCGUGAGGAACGCGAGGUGAUCCGCCAAGCCCUUCGUGCGGUCACCGGGGCAGGGGAUUCCUCCGAAAAUGGUUCUCGCUGA